UAUUUUCCGCCUAGGUCUUUUACGGUCCCACCGCGAGUCAAAUAAUAAAUUAAGCAGAAAUUUGAUGAUAAAAAAAAUGGUUAAGCUAGCCUACACUAAUAAACCGAGAAGAACACCUACGGAGAUUUAACAAGACCGAGUUAAAGGAGCUAUAGCACUUGCGGUAGAAGCCAAAGCAGAGCGAGGACACUAUCGACUCCAGACAACAACAAAAUGGUCGAUCGUGUGGCAGCUCUGUGCAAUUAUAAUGUCUUGGAGGUAGUAUUUUCGUACCUGGACCUCAACGACUUGGGCCGAUGUUCGCAAGUCUGCAAAAGCUGGUUCCAUUUCCUAAACGACGAGAACAGCGACGUCUGGCGGUGGCACUGUCUGAACAAGCUGCCAAAGGAAGUCACCAAGUCGGAGCUGCUGUCGCCCGUCCCCACCUACAAGACAAAGCUGCGAGCGUUCUUUCACUCCUGGAAUCCCAGCGACUGCUCGCGCAAUGUGUACAUUAAGCCGAAUGGAUUCACCCUGCAUCGGAACCCCGUGGCUCAGAGCACAGAUGCUGCGAGGGCAAAAAUCGGCUUUCGACACGGACGCCAUGCCUGGGAAGUGAUCUGGGAGGGUCCCCUCGGAACGGUAGCCGUAAUUGGAAUAUCCACGAAGGAGGCAGCCCUGCAAUGCCACGGCUAUGUGGCCCUGUUGGGGUCCGAUGAUCAGAGCUGGGGCUGGAACCUGGUCGAGAACCAUCUACUGCACAACGGCGACAUGCAAGGAGGUUAUCCAUUGUUGAACAAUGCGCCCAAAUACCAGGUGGGCGAGCGGAUACGCGUCAUAUUGGACUGUGAUGAUAAUACUUUAUCGUUUGAGAAGAACUACGAGUUUCUGGGCGUGGCCUUUCGAGGUUUGCCCGAUAAAAAGCUUUUUCCCACAGUAUCUGCUGUCUAUGGCAACACUGAGGUGUCUAUGGUCUAUUGUGGCACCCCCUUAGACGGUUAGCUAAGUCAUAAGCAGAUGCAGUGCAGCCUUAAUUGCGUACAAUUUGUUUAACAAAUUCAAUGGAUCCAUAUAGAUUUAUCUUUUAUCUGUACAUGUACUCUCGAUUAUGUUUUUAAUCAUUCCACAUGCGACUCAGUUUGAUAUCUUAAAUAUAGUUUCUAGGUUCGUUUUUGUACAAAAAUUAAGCAUUUUGUUGAGUUUAUACCACGCCACGCCAAAGUUCAAAUCCACCACCGCACUAUCCUCGAACGGCAAUAUUUACGUUAGUUAUACGAACCAAAUGAUACAUAUAUUAUAGCAGCCAACCAAUUCAGCAAUGUUUGUAUGUACAUCCCGAUCCUAAACAUUUGCCCAAAUAAACAGAAUACUGAACUAAA